AUGAGUUCCCCAAAGAGGCGUAUCGAAACGGAUCUACUGAUGCAUGGCAGGCUCAUGAGCGACUACGAAGUUACACUGGUCAACGACAACAGUACGCAGGAGUUCUACGUGAGGUUCAAGGGGCCAGAGGACACACCCUUCCAAGGCGGACUUUGGAAGAUUCACGUCGAGCUGCCCGACCAGUAUCCCUACAAGAGCCCCAGCAUUGGCUUCGUGAACCGCAUCUUCCACCCAAACAUCGAUGAACUGUCCGGCUCAGUCUGUCUCGACGUCAUCAACCAGACAUGGUCACCUAUGUACGACAUGAUCAAUAUCUUCGAGGUGUUCAUCCCUCAGCUUCUUCGGUAUCCUAACCCGACCGAUCCUCUGAACGGCGAAGCGGCCGCGCUCCUCAUGCGAGAACCAAAGAGUUAUGAUGCUAAAGUCAAAGAGUACGUACAGAAGUAUGCCUCGAAAGACAUAUCCGAAGACUCCGAUAAGGAUGACGACGAUGAUGACGAUAUGAGCUCAGUCGGUAGCUAUGAGUCUGGCGACGACGAAGCCGCCGGCAACAUGGAUGAUAUCUAG